AUGUCUUAUGUUCAAGGUAUUGGUACGCUUGCAGCUGGCGUAGCACUUGGAGUUCUUGCUACAAGCACUUAUUUUCGUCUUUGGGAUGGACGUGCAUCACUAAAUGAAGGUGCUUUACUUCGUUUCUCACCUGAUUUCACUACACAAGUCAUACGUAGGCUAGAUCCAAAUUUUGCAGUGUGCUACGAUCAACGGACAAGAGUUCCACUAUGGACACUUGAACAUUUAACACGUGAAACGAUCACAAUGGGUAAAAAUGUCGAUAGAGGAAAUUCAAUAUUUCGAGAAGAUAAUCGUAUUCAUACAUUUUUUCGUUCAACGAAUCAAGAUUAUUCUGGUUCCGGUUUUGAUCGUGGUCAUAUGAUUCCCAGUGCUGAUCAUCGGUCGUCACAAGAAAGCAUGAAUAAUACAUUUUUUCUUUCGAAUAUUGCACCACAAGUAGGCAAAGGCUUCAAUCGAGAUAAAUGGGCUCAUUUAGAGAGAUAUGCUCGUGCACUUGUCAAGCAUUAUAUUGGUGGUCUAUGGAUAUUAACAGGACCGCUCUAUCUUCCAAGACUUGAUCCAACCGAUAAUAAACUCUAUGUAAAAUAUCAAGUAAUAGGUCCAAAUCAAGUUGCUGUUCCAACACAUUUUUUCAAAAUAAUGAUUGGUCAACAAAAAGACGGUCAACUGGACAUAUAUUCCUAUUUAAUGCCUAAUGAACCGAUUGAUAAAGAUACGCCAUUGGAAAAAUUUCUUGUUGCGCCUGAACUUAUCGAACAAAAUGCCGGAUUCUUAAUAACAACAGAAAAAAUUCAAAAGAAUAAAAUUCGUACAAUCAAUCAACCAUGGAUUGAUUUUAAACUAGACUCUCCUCCACCUUCGCCACGUCAAAAAUCAUUACCAACACCUGCAGCAUAA